UCGUGUGAGGUGUGUGGUCUGUGAGGAGCAAAUGCCGAUCCAAGCCGAAUCCAAACGGCCAAACACAUAACUGAUAAGUGAUAACCCCCGUCCCCCGGCCAACUCUGGUGCAGGCGGGGCUCGAUCCGAAGUCUCCGGUAAACCAAUUAGCCAGUUGGCACCUUGCAAAGUGUACAUUUUAGGAGGGUUUAGCAUGUUUUUUUUUUUUCUUUUUUCUUUUGUCGACGAGGGGAACCCAAAUCUUCCUUGGAGGUUUUGACCUUACUAGAAACUCUAAUGGAGGGACUGAAUGUUGCCGAUGCAAAUUUGGCCGUUUAUAUACAUCCAUCAAAGGCGGGCAAGGUUUCUCAAGCGAUUCUUCGACAACUCAGUACUUUGCUCUUUAAGUACAUCGAGGUCUUUGAUGGUGUUGUUCUAGCCUAUGAUGUGACAUUUCGGGAUAAAAAUGCCAAAGUUCUUCCUGGAAUUAACUCAUAUUUUGGAGUAAAACUAAAAGCUAAGAUGUUGCUCUUUUCCCCAAAGCCAGACAUGCUUUUAGAAGGGAAGGUGGUGAAGCUUGGAAAAGAAGCUCUUCAUGUCAUUGUUCUUGGUUUCUCAUCUGCUUGCAUUGCAGAGGAGGAUAUUCGUGAAGAGUUUCAUUAUAGAAUCAAACAUGGAGAGGAAGUUUUUGCUAGUACAUCUCACAGGCGACAUGUCAUCAAGGUUGGAAGCAUGAUAACCUUCUCAGUGAAGAGCUUUGAUGAAGAAAUACUCCAUAUAUCUGGAUCCCUUAUUCCAGAAAACACUGGAAGCACCAAAUGGUUGCAUAAACACGUGGAAGAAGGUUCAAUAGUAGAAAGGAGUAUCAAGAAGCAGAAACAAAAGGAUGAUAGAAGCAAAAUGCAGGAGCAUUGUACUGGGAUACUUGAUAAUGCAGGAUUAUCUUUGAACGCUGAAGAUCAACCAAAGAAGACAAAAAGUCAGAGAAUUAUUUAAGAGUCUUGAAUCAAUCUGCUGGAGGGUCCUGAAUUUGUUAAAGGAGCCUACUUGCAACCUGGUGGACUAGGUAACAUUGUCGAAGGAGCCAGAGAAACAGAACUCUUAGAAAUUUGUUUUGCUGUUUUUUUGUGCUAAGAGUGAAGGUUCGAAGAGUGCUGGAGUGGGACUCUCAAUUCCCCCCCCACCCCCCCCAAAAAGAAAACGAAAAAAAUGAGAAUCGGACACUCGUAACUAUUAAGGAAUUAAGGUAUGGAAUCGGAUACUCACGAAAAAAGAUAUGUUCCUUGGUUUUCUAGGUAUUUUGGAUCGUAUGGACUCUUGUUUAUAUGUUGAUCAUAUUGUGUUUAAACACG